ACGCGUUCCCUCAGUCUAGCUCACCCACCGAGAGGGUUCGCUCGUACCAUAACAAUCACCAUGGCCCGUGGAUUUGCUGCCUUGAGUAUUGCCGUGCUACUAACGGCAUUCGAAUUCGGAUCGUGUUUGAGAUGCUACCAGUGUAAUUCUCAAUCGGAUCCCUCUUGCAAGGAUCCGUUUGCAGGAAAAACUAAAGUGGAAUGUUCCACCCAGGACUCUGUGAAUUACAACCGCGCCUACUUACGCGGUAUCUUGCCCACUGAGCUGGUGGAUGCCGUCGCCGGCGCCCCAAGAUACUGCCACAAGAUUGUUAUGCAGAAUGGCGCGACUAUCCGAACUUGCUUGGACGCCAACCCUACUGACUUGAACCAAACUUGUCGCGCUCUCGAAAACGCGGCCAAACUGUCCCCAAUGGACCAGUCGAAGCAAGUCAAACAUUGUCAAGUUUGUGACAAGGAUGACUGCAAUGGGGCCGGUUCAAUCGCACUCUCAUUCCCACUGGCAGCUUUAGCUCUUACCGCUUCGUAUCUCUUCUACAAACAAUAAUAAGAAAUU